AUGACGUUACUAAUCAGAAAUAAGGAGAAGAAAGUGUCAAUGGAUAGAGUCAAACCAGCAUAUAUUGAAGCACCGACCCAACAACCCCUUAACCAAGGCCACAUGUCGCAGACAUUACCGGUCCGGCUGGGACCAAGCCGGGACCAGUCUCCCCGGGGAGAGACAGAGGAGAGAACGGAUGCACCACCCGACCGGAGAACAACUCGCAGUGGCCGCCCAGUCAAACUACCAGUGAGGUUCAGAAACUGA